UGGUACCUGCAUCCCAGUACAUCUCCUGCAUCCCAGCAUCAGGUAGCCGCAUCCCAGUAUGGCGCCUGCCUUCCAGUACAGGUACCUGCAUCCCAGCACGGACACCUGCCUCCUGCUAUGGCACCUGCCUCCCAGCAACAGGUACCUGCAGCAUGUUACGAGUACCUGCACCCUGGCAUGGGGACCUGCGUCCCAGGACGUUAUCUCCAUCCUGGCACCUGCGUCCCAGUAUGGUGCAGGCAGCCCAGUACAGCUUCCUGCAUCACGCUAUGGGUACCUGCAUCCUGGUGUGGGCACCUGUAUCCCGGCAUGGGCACCCACACUCUGGCCUGCGUUGGGGUGGCCCUGGCCGCUGGCGGCAGCCUGGGUGCCCCCACGUGCCCUCCGUCCGCUCGCUCUCCAGCCGGUGCCAAGACUCCCUCCGCUCCGGAGAGCGCCCCGCAGCCGUGCCCCCCGCUCCGCGCCCCGCUCCACCGGCUGCACCCCAGCGAGGCCCAGCAGCGCCCCGGGGCCGCCCGGCCUCCCCGCCGCGGUGCGCGGCCUGCCAGCCUGCCGCGGGGCUGAGCAGGCCCCGGAGAAGCCCUGGGAAAAGCCGUUUUCCUGGCUGCGACCGCGUUUCUGGUGCCCAGCGCCUGCUGCUGAGCCUGCAGAGACAGAAAUAGCUGAGGGAAGAGCUGCAGCGUGGGAACGGGAGCAGAGAGGGGAGGCGGCACGGCCCCGAAAGCUGCGUAAGCAACAGCAGAGAGCAGUCCUACUCCCCCGGAGACGCAGGACACAGCACGCAGCCAGGAGGUGUGUAAAAAUUUAUUUUGUCAUAGAUAAAAGGGCGCUGGGAGCAGGGUCAGCCCUCCACUCCAGGGCUCUCCCAGGCCAGGCGCUGGCUGGGGCCUGGUUAGCAGAGCAGCACCCAGCAGGCUCGGACACGGAGAGGGGGAAACAGACUCACGGAGAACGUGGCCUCAGCCAUGCCACGAGCCACCCGCCAGCAGCACGCGCAGAUGCCAGCAGGGGCCUCAUGGGAGGACUGGCUCCAGCACAGGAAGGGGCCACCCGUCUGGCCACCACAGGGGACAGUGCUGCCACCAGCACCUUCCCCUGGGCUCAGCUCACUGCCCCAGCCAGGAGCACCACCCCAGGACUCACCCCACAGGAGGCAGCUGGGUACAACCAAGACUUCUCAAACCCAUCACUGGCUCUAGGCCACAAAAAAGGUAUAAAUAGAUAAACGUACAGAAAAGCAGUUAGUUUUAACACUGUGCUGCCCCACAAGCUGACUGUAAAUAAGCCUACCCUGAGUGUGCUUGAAAGCCUAAAAACUAGCAUCACUUAUUUAAUCAGUAGCUUACCUGGGCUCCCACAUGGGCACGGCAGAGAGCCAGGGCAUGAGCGGGAGGGCUGGAAGCUGAGCGGAGCCAAGCUGGAGGGGCCAGCAAAGGCUGGCCUCGCUCUUUGGGCCCCUGGAGAGAGCGCUCUGGAUUUGUGCUGGGCUGAAGUCAUGUCAGCUGCCUAGCAGCUGACACUAUCACCCAGCUAGACAGGGGGAUAGGGUUGGCCUAGGGGGAAAAACAGCUUCCAGUUCAGCCAGGAGAUGCAGUGCCUCCAGUACCCUGCUCUGGGACAGUCCUCGGAGCGGCAAAGCUGGCCAGGCCAGGCCUUCAUGGAGAAGACAGCAGGACAAGGCCCACAAGCCAACGCAUGGCAUCACGUGGCACCAGCUCAAUGGUGACACUGCCAGGAAAGAGCCGCAGCUCAUCCUGAUCAGUGACUGCACGGCAGCCCUCAGGAGCGCAACAAAUACCCCAUGCCAUCGCAGCCCUCUCGCUCACCAUGGUUCCCGCACUCUUGCCAAUACUGGUGGGCAGGGCAGGGCUGGGGAGGGAAUGGGACAAGCUGCCAGCUAGGGCAGGAAGGGCAGAUGGGCUGAGAUCCUGGCA